AUCAUGAUAACCUUAAAGUGGUAACCAAGUAAAAGAAGUAAAGUAAUUAUUGACUUUUACCUGAGGAGUUUUUCACAAUUACAUUUAAAACUGGAAAUCAUAUAUCCCAUAUAAUUUCUACUAUGUAGUGAUAAAUAUAUUAGUUGAAUUGAAUUGGUGCUCAUUUUUCCAUAACUUCUAUAUUAAAAUGGCUUACUUGACGCAGCCAAAUUAUGUCAAGUAUGCUUGUUCGUGUGGUUUACUAAAACCAAUAACUAAAAUGUAUUUUUGUCGGCAUUGCCUAAAAUUGCGUUGCGGUUACUGUGUUUGUCAUGAGGUUGAUUCUCAUUACUGUUCAAAUUGUUUGGAAAAUUUGCCAUCAGCUGAAGCCCGCUUGAAAAAAUACAGGUGUGCUAAUUGCUAUGAUUGUCCACAUUGUUUCCAUACGUUGUCGAUAAGAGCAACAUCAGUCACCAGAAGCUCUGAAGAUGGAUCAAAAACAGCUUCAAAAUUGUAUUAUUUGGCUUGCUUCUUUUGCCGAUGGACAUCACGCGAUGUUGCCAUACCUGAUCAGGCCUCUGCUACUGGGCGUUGGCCUGAACGGGAAAAUGAGAACAGUGAAACAAUCGCCUCGCUCAUAGAAUAUUUCAAAGUUUUGGCUCUGAAGGAACGCAUCGAUAAAGAAAAAAUAUUUCACACUCCAAGAAGAAAUUUUUCUCAUUUCUCAAAAUUGGGCAUGACUGCAGCUCUAGUGCGAAAGAGAUCUGGCCUUCCAAGCCUCCCCCUUGGCAGAGAUGCAGAUCUCACCAGUCUACCCACAAUUGUGCCUUCACUUGCUUCAGAAACAGUCGAGCCACUUCCAUCUGACAUUUUCACUACGGCACCAGAUUUAACCAAAGUGACGACACUUUCACAGCGCUUCUCUCAGCCUGACAUCCAGCCUGAACGCACAAGUGAGAUGUGGCCAAUCCACAAGCAUCUAUUCAUCAAGCGCUCGCAGCGCUGUCGCCAAUGUGAACACAAUGUCUACAAACCGGAAUACAACCCAAUCUCCAUCAGAUUCAAAAUACAACUAGCUGCUUACUACCACAUCCCAGAGAUAACUCUGUUGUCGAUUGGCGAGCUGAAAGCAGGAGAGCCGAGCGAGAUAGUGGUUCGCCUGUGCAACCCGACGCAGCAUCUGACUUCGGUGGACUUUCGACCUCUGCCGUCUGCAAUGGAGGAGGAUCUGCUUUGGGAGCGACAGGUGCAGCUCUGUGAAGAACGCGAACGCAAGGAUUCCCAGAGAACCAGUUUGACCCCUGGAGCCCUGAACACGAGUGGAGGUUCGAGCCUGACUCUGCCGCCCUCGCUGACACGACAACUCACUCUACACGAGCCUCCUCGCCGAGUCUGCCUCGACGUGAGUGCCUCAGUGCAGCUGCCCUCCUGCGGCAUUGUGCUGCCUCCUCGCGACGAUGCGGCCGAAUAUGAUGACUCAGCAGAAACACACAACUUCCAAGAUGAUCCAGAGGUUGUAGUUUGGAGGAAGAGCAAUAAAGCGGCAGUCAAGUUCAGCAUUACUCCAGACAAAACUCUAGCACCGAACGAAGACGUGAAGUGUGGCUUUGUGCUCGGAUACGGCUAUGUGAAUACAAUGGCCGCUCUGGAAGGCCACAAAGAACCACAACGAGUCGAGCUGCAAGUCAAAGUGUUGCUGUCUCUUGGAAAAAUACUUUCCGAUCAAUAAUGCUUUAAAAGCAAAAGUGAAGAACGUUUUCACAGUAAAUCUCAAUAAUUAAUAAUGUAACUAUUUUGUGUUUAACUUGCUUGAAAUUGAGUCCCAUGUACAUCAAUCUUAUAUGUUGUCUUGUAAGUGAUAUUUGUAUGAAAAUUAGCUUUAUUCAGUACUAUUAAUUACUGCAAAAAUAUUAAUUCGCACCUGUUUUUGCUAACAAUAUUACUAUAUUCAUUAAUUUUCAUAAUAUUUAUCAUACUAAGAAAAUAGUAUAUUGUUUCACAAGUAUAUUUAAAUUUAUAGGAUACAUUAAAACAUCAAUUGAUAAAUAAAGUGAAAUUUAUGCCUUUCUAAUGAGGAUUUGAAUAAAAACUUGAAUUUUCAAUUUAAUUUUGCUCCUGGUCACUUUUUACAAAGCGAUUUACGUGCCAUUUGAAGUGCUACUUCAGGAUUUUUUUAUUGAAGUGAGGUAAGCAUUUCCAAACGGUUUUAUGAUUUAAUUUAAAGAAAAUACAUUUAUUUUAUGAAUUAUUAUUGUCACAUUUUAUGUUCAAGAGUAAACAAAUACAUAAAUAAUU